ACGAUGAAAAACUAAGGAAAGCGCGCGUGAUAGAGAACUCAGUCAACAUAGCAUAUUAAAAUAUUACGGUCGAGGUGAUGUCAUGCAUAGCCUCUCAAGGGUGACUAACUUCCCGUUCCCGUUGGAAUGCGGCCAUAUGCGUGGAUCACCUAAUGCAAAAUAACGACGUUGCCAUAGAGAUAUAAAUUAGAGCUAUUUCCCUUAAUUCUGUUAUGCUUGUGCCACGCAUAUGGCGGCAUAUGGACUGAAACCGGACGUGAAUGAUCUAUGUAAUAUUUUCUUUGUCCUCUAUCUCCGAGUGGACCUGGCGGAGUGAAGGUGCUCGUUGAUAACGAAACUAAGGGCGUCCGUUGCGUGACGUUUUUAUUGUGGGACCGAAAGAAAGAAGGUGAAGUUGGUGUUCGUUUGUACGAAGGAGUGGAACUUGAUCCAUCAUGUCUUUAGCAGAUGAACUAUUGGCUGACCUUGAGGAGGCAGCAGAAGAAGAGGAUGGCAGCUUUGUGGAUGAAGAGGAUGAGUCUCCCAUUGAGGAUGUCCAGGAAGAGAUGCAAGUGGAUCUGGCAACUGAUUCGGUCAAGAGUAUUGCCAAGCUCUGGGACAGUAAGAUGUUUGCUGAAAUCAUGUUGAAGAUCGAGGAAUAUAUCAGCAAACAGCCCAAAGCAUCUGAAGUUCUAGGCCCAGUAGAGGCUGCUCCUGAAUAUAGAGUCAUUGUGGAUGCCAACAACCUCACAGUGGAGAUUGAGAAUGAGCUAAACAUUAUUCACAAGUUCAUUCGAGACAAGUACUCCAAGCGAUUCCCUGAACUAGAAUCCCUUGUUCCAAAUGCGCUGGACUACAUCCGGACUGUCAAGGAACUAGGCAACAGCUUGGACAAAUGCAAGAACAAUGAGAACCUUCAACAGAUCCUUACCAAUGCCACAAUCAUGGUGGUCAGUGUCACGGCAUCCACUACCCAGGGGCAACAGUUAACUGAGGAAGAACUGGAGCGCAUUGAGGAGGCCUGUGACAUGGCCCUGGAGCUAAACCAGUCCAAGCACCGCAUCUACGAGUAUGUGGAGUCCCGCAUGUCCUUCAUCGCCCCCAACUUGUCUAUCAUCGUGGGAGCCUCCACUGCUGCUAAAAUCAUGGGUAUUGCUGGUGGCCUCACAAACCUUUCCAAGAUGCCGGCCUGUAACAUCAUGCUUCUGGGAGCCCAGAGGAAGACUCUGUCUGGAUUUUCCAGCACUUCAGUGCUGCCUCACACUGGCUACAUCUAUCACAGUGACAUUGUACAGUCAUUGCCCCCGGAUCUGCGGAGGAAGGCCGCUCGGUUGGUGUCAGCAAAAUGCACAUUGGCAGCGCGUGUGGACAGCUUUCAUGAGAGCCCUGAAGGGAAGGUUGGUUAUGAUCUCAAGGAGGAAAUCGAGAGGAAAUUUGACAAGUGGCAGGAACCGCCUCCGGUCAAGCAAGUGAAGCCACUGCCAGCACCUUUGGAUGGACAAAGGAAGAAACGUGGAGGGCGCAGAUAUCGUAAGAUGAAAGAGCGUCUUGGUCUAACAGAAAUCCGAAAGCAGGCAAACCGGAUGAGCUUUGGAGAGAUUGAAGAGGAUGCUUACCAGGAAGACCUUGGGUUCAGUCUGGGUCACUUAGGCAAAUCAGGCAGUGGCCGUGUCCGGCAGACACAAGUCAAUGAGGCCACGAAGGCACGCAUCUCAAAGACCUUGCAACGCACACUCCAAAAGCAAAGCAUGGUGUAUGGGGGGAAGUCAACCAUCCGGGACCGCUCCUCAGGCACUGCAUCCAGCGUGGCCUUCACUCCGCUGCAGGGUCUAGAGAUUGUAAACCCGCAGGCAGCUGAAAAGAAAGUAGCUGAAGCCAACCAGAAGUACUUCUCCAGCAUGGCCGAAUUCUUAAAGGUGAAGAGUGAGAAGAACGGCAUCAUGUCCACCACAUAACAUUCUUCCUCUUGCUACGGACGCCAUCCCACCCCGCCCCUUUCGACUAGCAGUUGGAACCAUAAACCAAAUACAGGCAUGAUAAGACACGGGCCUUUGGAAGUCCAACAAAGACUGUCUGGCCCUUCAAAACUCUCCAUUCUCCAAGGCGCCCAGUGGUCUCUUAUAUUCUCCUCCACCCCUUUUUCUCCCUUGAGCAAUGUCAUUGCCAGAGAGCCGAGUAUUCUUGCGGGGUCAGGAGAAGGCAUGCAGUUGCACAGUAGAGGAUGCAGUUCUCUUCCCACAUCUCAUGCAAUAUUCAAAAGCAGGUUAGUUAAGCUGUUUCAUGGCAUGGAGUAGUUAACUUUAAAACAGGAAGUCAAACUAACUGUGGCAUCCUCACCCAUCACUUCAGGUCAUUCUUGGUACCAUCCUCUUCAUCAUUAGCCCAAAUGUAAAGCAAACUGGGGUUUGUAAAAAUAUCAUUGCGAAUAAAAGGAAUGAUUUCGGGUAG